AUGCUAAAGGACCGUCGAGUUGCCAACAAGCUUGAAGCAGCUGAAGUGAACUGUAUAAUACACGGAGAUCUAACACGGACCCACGCUGGCCAGGCGAAAAAGGAUCCGCUUCCACAGCCUACCGAAGCGCUAGGUCUCAUGUACCGAGAAGCCAUGUUUCUGCUAUCGGCGAGAUCAUGGACGGGGUAUGAAUUGCAUCGCCGCACCAACCGCACGACUUUCGUACUGACCUCGGAUUUCUCCGAUGGAGUCCGUCUCGAUCGAGACGAGCUGAGUGGGAGGCUUGACGCCUCUAAUGGGGUGUAA